GAUCAAACUAGUGUCAGCUCGCAGUGACGGCACUUGGUCGAUCAAGCCUGGGCCAACAUCAUCAUGGCAUUUUGAACUCCCAUCUAAUAUUUUCUUGAUAAAGAUAAGUGCAUUUCUCUCAUUUGAUGUCCCUGGAAUUAUCUCUUCAACUCGUAAGGACAAGAAAAAUAUCAAGAUGUCAGUCUCAACUUCACUACCUUCUGACGAGUACAUCAAGCCCACCAUCACGGAGGUCGAGAAAGGUAAUGCGCAUUCUCCAUCUCCUGAUGAAGGCGCACAUCUCGAUCCCGUCAUAUCUGCUCGCGUAACAAGGAAAUUUGACAAGCACAUCAUACCAUGGCUGUUCGGCCUCUGGCUUCUGGCUUUCAUUGAUAGAAGCAAUAUCGGAAAUGCUAAGAUUGAUGGAUUGGCAGAGGGUCUGAAUAUUUUGAAGGGCAACAAGUUCAACAUUGCUCUUGCAAUAUUCUAUGUUCCAUAUAUCAUCGUUGAUAUUCCUUCAAACUGGCUGGUCAAAAGAAUUGGGGCUGGGUAUUACUUGCCAGGUCUCGUCUUCGGUUGGGGAAUCGUGAGCAUGUGCCUUGGAUUUGUGAAGACGUAUGAAGGACUGUUGGCAGGAAGGUUCUUCCUAGGGCUGAUGGAAGGAGGACUGCUUGGCGGAGUGAUCAUAUACCUAGCAAUGUUCUACGAGCGGAAACAAAUCAUGAUUCGGAUUGGGCUGUUCUACUGCGCUGCUCCUUUAAGUGGUGCCUUCGGAGGGCUUCUGGCUACGGGCCUUUCGCAGAUCAGAACACCAGGAUAUGAUGGCUGGCCAUUCAUCUUCUUCAUUGAAGGCGUCAUAACAAUCCUCUUCGGACUACUGGCUGGAUUCUUCCUACCUCACACACCUUCACACUCCAAGUUUCUCACCCAAGAGGAGAAAGAAUUCGCAGUCCGCCGCAUGCAUAUUGACGCACAAGGCGCUGUCUCUUCUUCGUCCGUCGAUACUGAGAAGUUCUCUUGGCAUUGGGUGAAGAUUGCUAUUCUCAAUUGGAACACUGCUUUGUUAAGUCUGAACUUCUUUGCCAUCAUCACACCCAUUUACAGUUUCUCACUCUUCUUGCCAACAAUCAUCAGCACGUUGGGAUAUAAGAGCGUCAAAGCAAAUCUUCUCACCGUGCCACCGAACAUGGCUGCAUUCUUCGCCGUGCUCCUCGUCACUUACUUCUCAGACCGUAUCAAACAACGAGGGAUCUUCAUGCUCGGCGGUGCUACAGUUGGUAUCAUUGGCUACAUUAUGUUGAUCGCCUCUCCCAAGCCCCUCGUACAAUAUGGCGGCACGUUCUUUGUGGCAGUGGGCAUCUUUCCCUGUUCACCCAUGGUCAUGGGAUGGAUGGCCAAUAACGUUGCACCACACUAUGUGAGGGCCACAGCGACCGGUUUCCAGAUCUGCAUUGCGAACUGUGCAGCUUUCAUCGCUACUUUCACUUACGUCACGAGUGAUGCUCCGAGGUAUAAGACCGGACACGCAAUCAAUUUGGGCAUGCUUGCUUUGUGCCUUGUUGUCACAGCCGUGACAAUAUUGUAUUGCAAGUGGGAGAAUGCCAAGCGAGAGAAGGGCGAGCGGGACGAUAGGCUCGACGAAGACCAGACGCUACUGGGGCACCGGCAUCCCAAGUUCAGAUAUGCCAUCUAACUGCGAUUCAUGGUAUCGUUGAUUAUCUGUACGAUCAUUGUCUACCCCUAUACCCACUAUCAUUUCAGCAAUGGUCGCGGUGCAGGGCAAGGGGAUCGUAAAUAUACCGCCGGCAACCUUGGCGGCACAAUUUGUGCUCCUGCCCAGAUAGCCCAUUGGUAGCUGAGUGGACAGUGACGGAACCUCCUCAACCCUGGACACGAAUUGGCAUAAAAAUCGCUUGGAGAUGGGUCGGAUCUUCCCAGAAAUUCAUGACAUUGCCAAUGCCGCGUGGAAAUUUCGAUUGUGUGUUGCUGACUUCGAUGAAAGAAUACAUCAAUGCGAGUGACGCGGGGUAGACUCAGCAGAGAGAGGCAUCAAAGAAGAUCCAGUGGUAAACGUCCUUGGUGAAGGAGUAAUUGAAAGUUAUGAUACGAUGAAGUCUAUCGUACAGCGAACAAUACAUGGAAAAAUAACCAGAAUGAAAACGAUACCACCAAAAUCAGUUUCCUAAUACUGAGUCAAAACAAUAACCUCAAAGACCACUACAAAUAUCAAUACCCCACAUCAUCAAAGAUUAUCAUCUCUCCCCGAAUCUCAUCCCGAUGUAUCUUUCAGAGUCCAUCACAAGUCGACGUCUCAUCAACCCACAAAUUACACAUGUAACUCCUAACUCCCAGCGCAUAGAAUCCCUGAAAGUCUUGAACACUCUCACCAACCGGCGUCCAAUGUCUUCCCUCCUUGACACAAUCAACAUCCGUAAAGACACAGCAGAUGACCGAAGGAUCGAGGUUGCUCUUCAUGGAUUGUGUCUUCUUGUCCCAGGUGUCGGGGAGAUUCUGGCAGGUCUGGUAGUUGCCGUAGGCUUGGUAUUCGAUGCCGCUGUAGUUGGCUUCGGUGUAGAAUCGUGCGAGGUCGCUGGGGAAAGUUAGUUGAAGCUAAUAGGUGGUGAGGGUUGGUAGGGAUAAGGGUUCUUACGGGAGAUGAUUGGGGUUUGUGGAGCAGGUGCAGGUGAACAGGCCGGUGUUGACGUCCAGUUUGAGCUGGCAGCCUUUUCCGAAAGACGUGCACAUGAAGGGGUCGAGUUCACCUUUGUCUGUGCUCGGAACAGCUCGAGCCAUUACGAUCUGGAUCGUGGCGAAGAUUGCUUGGAGAGCGAGUAGAGGACGCAUUAUGGAAUUGUGGCCAACCGUAAUUUGUUCUGGUGGUUUGGAAUUUGUCGAGCAAUGAAAAGGAACAGAAGAAUCGUGAGCUCCGGCUUCAAG